GUGUGGACUCGACAGAAUUUGAAGAGGCGGACUGGAUUGUUGAACACACCUGUUUCUAAGAGAAACAGCAGAGGCAGAUUGGCUGCUCAUCUAGAGGAAAGCGGAGAAAUCUCGUCUUUAUACAGUGAUGAAAAUGAUAAUUACGUAAGCGUUUGUAGAUUUAGUGAAAAGGAGGUUCGCGAAAAGUCUUACUUCUAUGAGCACAGGGGAUACCAGGGGGACGAAUAAAAACUUCGCACAUGGUUUUGGUAAGAUAUGCAUCUGUCUAAUUUUCCCUUACACAUUAUAAGUUGAGUCGUGGUUUUGGUAAUGCACUUGCUAAACCACUGACUUCGUGAACUAACACGUAACCACUCUGUAGCGCGCCAUACAAGCUCGACAUGUUUCUGGCCAAUCACAGAACAAUACGCGCGCUUUCUUAUCACAAUGAAGGAGCGAAAUCAUACCAAAGAAAAAUCACAAUUGUAGGUAAAAAAAAGUAAACAACGAAUGAAUCAUGUCUUGCUUUUUUACAGAACAAAUAUUUCCUGAAAAUUUUGGCAACACUUAGUUUUAAACUGCAACAUAGGAGAGUUACCAGGCUGUUCAUCCUGCACGUUCGUUAACUUUACACGCGUGUACAAUGUGUUUACAGAUUCGCACAUCAAUAAUCAUAUUAACAUGUGCAAUCAACGUCAAUCACGAAAGGGGCGUAACUUACCCAAAACCAUGUAUACAUUUUUAAAUUAUGCACGGAAAGCUACAUGUGGAGUUUAAUUAGCUUCUGUGGACCAUUGAGCAUAUUUGCCCUCCCCCUGAGUGCUUUUUAUCAUCUGAAUGUUAUUUGUGAGUUACUUUCAUGUGAGUUAUGAAACCAAGGGUGGAGGUGAUUUUCAGAUGCGAAUAUAAAGUCUGUUUCUUUAAAGAAGAUUACAUUCUUUUGGACCAAAUUGUAAUGAAGAUUUUGCUUACUCCCUUUAAAGUUCCGUCUAACUUUCUGAAUUUUAUGCUGAAGAUAGUUAUUACAUACCUGUCUUCUUGUAGUCCAAUUUUUUUUCUAGCCAGCCAUGAGUUAUUUUAAGUGGCUUGCUUGGUGGGGAGGCGGUAUAAUUUUGCUGUAAAGUUUCUGGCCACAUAACAUUUUCCGCGCCACAACAAAAUAAAUAAAUAAAUAAACAAAAAAUAAGAUUUUUUCCAGGUUUUCAUUAUUCGCUUUCAGCAGCCAUCAAAAGAUUCGUAAAAUGACUUGAAUGCACAGCUAUGGUUGAUGCUUCAGUGAGAACUUUGCAACGUGGAUGCACAUACGAAGACAAAAAUAUUGUUAUCUUUGCUUUAAAAAACGAAUGACGUAAAUUAUGCAUGCAUCGUUAAUAAUUGAAUUAUUUUGCUAGGCGUAAAAUAUAUUUUCUUUUAGAUAUGCUGAUGAAUCGUUUCGCGCUUAAAAAAUUGAAUUUUCAUUUUGUUUUAUACAACACAAACACUUCUCCAAAUUUAAUUAAAAAAGUUAAGAUAAUUUCGACUCAAUAAGAGCAAUGGAAAAACUUCUUCAUAAAGUUUCUCGUUGAAAAGAAUUAUGUUAAAUCAACAUGAUAGAACUAAGAAGAAGGAAUCACCACUUGGAAUCCAGACCAUCUCUCGACUCAAGUGAUAUUGACAACAUUGACUUACCAUCUAACAAUCGAGGUCCAGACCGAAAUGCAGAUCGUGUUAUAAUCAACGUUGGCGGAAUGCGCCAUGAAACUUUCCGCUCGACUUUGAAGAUAUUUCCCGAUACCAGAUUGGGUUGGAUUGCUACUAAUGGUAGUGAAAGCAUCGAUGCCUAUGAUCCGGUCAGGAAUGAAUAUUUCUUUGACCGUCAUCCAACUGCAUUCUCACAGAUUCUUAACUUCUAUAGGACAGGAAAACUUCAUUCCCCAACAGAUAUUUGUGGUCCUUUAUUCGAAGAAGAGUUAACAUAUUGGGGUUUAGAGGAAAAAUCUAUGGAGCCUUGUUGCUGGCCAAAAUACAAUGAGCAUCGUGACGCUCAGGAAAACCUAAAAGUCUUUGACAAUGCUGCUUUAAAUUUACGGGACGACGACGACAUCGAUCACAGAUACGAACAAGAAACAGAAGCGGCGAACAAUAAAAGUUUUCAAAAGUUUUUUAAAGCUAUCAAACCAACAUGUUUUAACUCAAGGACGUGGUUAAAUUUUAAAAGAAAAACAUGGCGAGUAUUUGAAGAUCAUUCCAUGACUGCCAGUUUUUUAUCAAAGGCUAUUUCCAAGAUCUCGCUAACUUUUAUCCUAAUCUCAGUGUUUUCACUAUGUUUCCAUUCUAUGGUGUACCCAUAUCCAGUACCCGAAUCAUCACGAAAUAACCGAACAGUUAACCAAUUAUAUUCCGAUAUUCUCUUUGGAGUAGAUGUUGUAUCGGUGACUUGGUUCACAGCUGAGUUUGCGUUACGAUUCGUAUCGAGUCCUAAUCGUGUCUCGUUUAUGUUUCAAAUAAUGAACGUUAUCGACUUGCUUACGGUUGUUCCGUAUUAUAUACAAUUUUCAAACGGUAGAAAAAAUUAUAUUUUCAAAGGUGAAAACAAUGUCGUUGAGAUUUUAUCAGUGGCUCGAUUAUUCCGACUAUUCCGAUUUUUCCGAUUGUCAACAGGACUUGAAAUUUUAAAACACACAUUAAUAGCGAGCUCAAAAGAAUUAUUACUGCUACUGUUACUAUUAGCCAUACCUGUCGCCAUAUUUGCCACCAUCGUAUACUAUUGUGAAAGAAAUACAUUACAAACAGACUUUAAAACAAUCCCAGAAUCCUUAUGGUGGGCAAUUAUUACAAUGACCACGGUGGGUUAUGGAGACAUGUCGCCGAAAACAACUCCAGGAAAAGUAUUUGGAGCGCUUUGUGCGACAUGUAGUGUAUUGAUUCUUGCACUUCCGGUAUCAAUAAUUGGCAAUAACUUCACCCUGUUCUAUCAUUAUGCUCAAGCACGCUUGAAACUACCCAAAAAACCUAAAAAUGCUUUGGUGGGAGCUGCAAAUGCUCUUGUUGCCGAACCAAGUCAACACUCUUUAAGUCCUGAUGAGGACGAGGACAACGAUAGUGCAGACAACGAUAGUAACGACAGUUCUUCACCAAAAGAAACUUUGAAAAUCGAUCCUGAUUUUAUCGCCAAUAAUGUUUCCUACAGCAAAAGAUUUCAACGAGAAAGAUUAUCUCUAUAUGUAACCGAACCGAGUCGUCGAUCAACACGCCGAAGCCGAAGCAUGGGCAAUUUCGUCAAGGAUUCACAAAGAUCAAAUGGAAAUAUAAAGCUACGAAGCAAGCAACGAAGGCGCGAUGUAAAAAGACACGAGUCUAUGCAUGAAAAAGUGAAAAUUGAGCACGAUGAAGAAGACGAACGCUUAGGGAUGGACAAUGUAAGCUUUGAAGUUGAGCAUCCAUCAAAUCCAGUAGAAAUUCAGAAAAAAAACAAUAUUCCAGAAGCAACAAAACAUCUAAGCAUAGCUAUAGACACUGAUAAUAAAACCAACGAGCGCGAACUUGAUUUAGAACGAAAUAGUCAACUAAAUGUCAACACAUUCACGGAACUCAAUGGUCAACCGGUUAAUAUUACGAGACCGGGUUAUAAUAUAACACCGGUUGAUAAUGUACCACCGGAUAUACCGACUACAGUUAUCACCGACUGCGAUAUCUUCGAUAGUGUAGAUGAAGCAUUGCCAGCAAGAGACGAACAAGGAGACUUUGAGAGAAACGGUAUUUCAAAUCAUAAAUAUCUUUCUAUCCACAGACAAAACGGAACUGUAGGAAAGGUGAACGGUAUAAAUAGUGAUAUUCCUGAUGGAAAUAUGGCAGGAAUAAGGACGGGUGAUGACAAAUUGCAUGUCCCGCAGGCGGGUGUGUUACCGUAGUUUUAUACGGAACUAUGUACAGUGUUUUAUUUUAAUAUAAUAUGAUCCUUUA